GCGACGAGUUAGACAGCUCGGUUAGAUAACCGUAGAGAAUCGGCCUAGGUGUUCCGAAUGUUUGUUUGACAUAUCUUAUCAUUCUACAUCAACAUGGCUGACACUGGUGGUGUCCAGAAGGAAGAAUACACAGCUAGGAACGAAGUGAACUCAGAAGAAAUUGAUACUGCGUUCAACAGCACAAAAUACAUAAAUCACAGAUACAUUGGCGCUGAUGAUCCCCUUCGCAAUAAAGAUAAAGCCCAUCGCAAACUUCUGUUAGACGCUGGUGUAAAAAUAGAGGAUGAACCUGAUUCGCUAAAACAAAACCUUGUACUACGUAUCAAGUUAUAUUUUGAGCAUGAAGAAAAAAAUGAACGUGUAAAAUACAUCGAGAUUAAAGCGGGAAACGGCGAAAAACGCAUUGACUGUUACUUGGAUACCGAAGGAAAGAUGAAAUGGGUGUACACUCCGAAAAAUAUGCUUAUGAGGCUGUUUAAUCAAUUAAAAAAUACACUUUUCGAAAGUUGUCAGGCAUUUCUGACGGUCGUUCAGAUCAUCGAUACUGCUAAAUAUCUUAUACCAUUAAUAUCGUGCAAGAGGGUCUGGGCGGAACUAAAGCCGCUGUUUCAAAAACAUGAAAGUCAACCCUCCACUACUUCCUAA